AUGCGUGUUCAUUUUAUUUCUUUUUUUUCUCUCGUCCCGACAGCAAUCAAUUCACCUCCUAUACGAUGCCGAAUCCCGAUAGGCGCGAGUCCGUUUUUAACUCCGCUUGCGUUUGCGUCUCCAGUUCGGUUUCUUGUUUCCGCGCGGCUGAUGCCAAUCCCCGACCCUGAUUGGUGGGUUCCCGUGUUGGGCCAAGAACUCCCCCCGACUAUCAGUACUGCAUCGGGAAGGGGAUAUUAUUAUUACUGCCUACCCAGGUUGGAAUCACCAGAAAUCCAGAUUCGUCACGAGGCGCACCUCUUGGAGGUACUAUUAGGUGAGGAAUACUUGAACUUGCAACGCCUCCGGUUAAUCAAAUAUCUUUACCUGCCGCAUACUCUAUUAAUUAGAUUAAGGAAUGGAAUAUGGGACCCUUCUAGAAUGAGACACGGCAAGGGAGGGGAUGCUUUGGUAAGAAAAUAUAUAUAUGCGGCUGGAUCAAAUGCUGAGUAUGGUGACGGAGAAAAAGCUGUUAUAACAAUGCAAACUUGA